GUUUGACAGGAAAAGAACAACAACAACGAUGGAAACCAAUGUGGACAAAGAUUCGGUGACUCGGGAAGAAUUGCAAAAAUGUAUAGAAUGUUGUGAGUUGCUGAUGAGGAUUCAGGGUCCCACAACAGAAUGGUUUUUGGACAUGGAAAAAGAGUUGACAGAAAUCGACCAUUUAGUACCAGAAGAAAGCAAACUAGAACAGUGGACGCCAAAGCCUAUAGCUCGAGCUCUUCAGCAACUCUUCGGGCAUCUUCGUCAAACUUUGCUGAGUCACAGGUGGGAAGAGGCAGUCAAAAUAUUACACAAAAUCGCACAGACACCCCUGGGAACGUCAAAUACCGUGUGGAAGGUUGGAUCUGAGUUGCUUGCGAUGGAUGGCCACCAGGAUAGGGAUCUUCUGCAGAGACUUUAUGGUACGGCCAAGCAGCUUUCUGGUAUGAAUCAGGAAUUUGUUGCGCUAGAGUUUGCAGUCUACUUGUUGAGUAUUGGGGAGAAGGCAGAGGCAGUCACUGUACUCCAGAAGGACAUAAGCUACAGAGGUAAGAAAUUCGAAAUGGGAAAGGGUGAUCGACAGAUUCGUAAGGCCUACCUGGGACUGGUGCUGCAUUCUGAGUGGAGAAGAUGUCGACAACUGCUAGAAAAACACAAGCGCGGGGAGUUGACAGACGAAGCGAGUCAGGAUGUGGCGUCACAACUACGCACGUAUGAGAUGCAGUGUGAGCGUUAUGCAGAAAAGGCACUAAAAUGCUUUGAAGGCAUUGACUUGCUGCCAGGCACAUGGAAUAUUUUCCUGUGGAAGUACGUUGAGCUUCUGGUUGAGAAUGAUUCCCUGGACGUGGCAGAGAAUCACCUGCAAACAUACUGCCAGUCUCACCCUGAUUGUCUGUCCUCGCAAAAAUGCCUCUACAACUUCCUGCGUGAUCAUAGAGAGGAUAGUGACAAGUUAGUGACAUGUUUGAAGAAAAUCGCAGAGCUGUCCCCCACAGACCAGCUGGUUGUGGAACUGUGUAGUUUUCUAAAACCAGAGGAGAAGGUGUCCUAUUUAUUCAACAUGCUGGAUUAUGAGGUGUGUAAGUUGGAAGCUUCUCCAUGGAAACAGCUUGCAGAUUGCAUCAAUGAGCUAUUGAAGAGUGAUGGGACAAGUCAUGCUGCAUUGGCAGAAUGCUGGUCGCCCAGGAAACAAUGGUGGCCUCCAUACCAUUUCACAGCGUACAUGGCUGCGCAGGGCAAGGAGGUCCCAGGUCUCACGCUGGCAAAGGCCUUGUGUGCUUCUAGUCUAAUUGACCCAGAAUGCACAUUUGUCACAGAAUGCAGGAAGUAUCUGUCAGACCGACCUGAGAUUAUUAGAACCAGUCUUGAUUGAUAGAGAAUAGAUCCUGGUACCACCAUGUUGGUAGAGAAAAUAGCCUGGUACCAGCCAUGUUGGUAGAGAAAAUAGCCUGGUACCAGCCAUGUUUGGUAGAGAAUAUUGGGAAAAGAGAACCAGCAUAAUGAUUGAAAUACUAGUGGAACUGUUCAUGUUUGUUGCUGAAUAUAUUGUGUUACUAGAAAUGUUUGGUAGAGAAUACAUUCGGAAAGAUAAUCAGCAUUAUGAUUGAAAUAGUUUGACUGGCCAUGUUUGUUGCUGAAUAGAUCCAUUUGGCAGUCAGGUUUGGAAAGGAAAAAAUUCUGACAGAGCUUGUUCUUGUGCUUUCUGUUCUGUUCUUGUACUGAAAUGUGUAUUAUGUGUUUGAUAAUAGACCAGGUUUGAUGCUUUUAUUUAUGGGAUUAUCAGUUACAGUAAACUGUUGACACAACAGUAGGGUUGACACCUAUCCUGUAUUAGUGAGAACGAUAUGCGUAAUGGAGUUAGUUAUGAGAAACUAUAUAUAUGUUGCAAUUCAUGUACUGAUUAUGCUUAUAUAUGAAAAGAUGAACUAAAUAAAGGAACAGGUAUUCAAAAAAUUAUUCCAUUUUUUUAUAUUUUAAUAUUCGUUGCCAUCCCUAUUUAUUGUUCAUAGUUAUGUUUUAACAGUGAUUUAAAGGGAUCUUUUCACAGUUUGUCAAAAUGAGAUAUUUUGUCAUAGAUUCAAAAAGGGAUUUAACAUGUGCAAAAUAAUACCAAAGAUUAGUAAUGAUAGAGACUCAUACUGAGAAGACAUUUUGGUUUAUCAAUUAUCAUCAUAUAGAAAUUGAUAAAACAAGCAAAUUCUUUGAAUUGAUAUCCCCCGCCAAUAUGCUUCUAGACACAAAAGUGUUAUAUUUGUCACUCAAAAAAGCAUUUUUAUACGCCCGUUUUUUUAAAACGGGACGUAUUAUAGUUUCACCCUUGGCGGGCGGUGAGCGGCGUCCACAGCAGUGUCCGCUCUCUAAUUCAAAUAGUUUUCAUCCGAUCUUCACCAAACUUUGUCAGAAGUUGUAUCUAGACAAUAUCUAGGUCAAGUUCGAAUAUGGGCCAUGCCAGGUCAAAAACUAGGUCACGGUGUCACUUAGUGCAUUUUAAUGAUUUAGCAUGGUGUCCUAUCUCUAAUUGAAGUAGUUUUCAUUCGAUCUUCACCAAACUUGGUCAGAAAUUGUAUCUAGACAAUAUCUAGGUCAAGUUCAAAUAUGGGUCAUGCCGGUUUAAAAACUAGGUCACCGGGUCACUUAGUGCAUUUCAAGGAUUUAGCAUUGUUUCCGCUCUCUAUUUGAAGUAGUUUUCAUCAGAUCUUCACCAAACUUGGUCAGAAGUUGUAUCUAAACAAUAUCUAGGUCAAGUUCGAAUAUGGGUCAUGCAAUAUAAAAACUAGGUCACAGGGUCACUUAGUGCAUUUCAAGGAUUUAGCAUGGUGUCUGCUCUCUAAUUUAAGUUGUUUUCAUCCGAACUUCACCAAAUUUGGUCAGAAGUUGUGUCUAAAUGAUAUCGAGGUCUAGUUCAAAUUUGGAUCAUGCCAGGUCAAAAACUAGGUCACGAGUUCACUUAGUGCAUUUCAAGCAUUUAACAUGGUGUCUGCUCUCUAAUUGAAGUAGUUUUCAUCCGAUCUUCACCAAAUUUGGUCAGAAGUUGUGUCUAGAUGAUAAGUAGGUUAAGUUCAAAUAUGGGUCAUGGUAAAGUUAUCAAAUUGUCCAAAACCUUCAAACGGGCGUAUCUUGUGACAGUUUGGCACUCUUGUUUCAAGAUACAGAGGGCCAUAACUCCGUUAUUAACAGAUGGUGUACAAUGCCAUUUGGCGUGCAUCAUCAUCUUUUCCAUAUAUAUACUCAUACCAAGUUUCAAUGAAAUCCGCCAAAGCACUUCCAAGAUAUGGCUCAAGACGGAUGGAAAGACGGAAGGACGGACGGACAGACAACGCCAAAACAAUAUCCCUCUGCCUAUGGCAGGGGAUAAUAAUAAAGUGUUACAAACGCAAAACUAUUGAAUAAUUUGGAGAGUUCUGUGGUUAUUGUUAUACUAUGUGACUAUACGUGGAUUGCUCAUAUAAAGUAUUAAAUAUGCCCCUCAGGAUAGCAGCACGAGUGAUUUCGGCAAUGGAAUUAUAUUCCAAGGGUCAGUGGUUCCAGCCAAGGAGGGGAUAACUUUUUUCUUUCGUUAUGUUCUUUUUUGUUUUUACUGGUGAUUUUGCUUUUCAAAUUUUUACAUUAACAAAUUUAAAGCCUUUAAUGAAAAUCUUCAAAACAUGCCAAAAUCUGUGAACAAGUCCCUUUAAAAUCUAAUAGUUAAUUUUUGUUUGUAGAUUGUUUUUGCAAUUAUAUUAAGAUAGUUUUAUUGCUGAUUUUCACACUUUGUUUCUUAUGAAUCAGACAAAAUAAUGUUUGCCAGUAAUGCUCAUAUAUGUAAACAUGUUUGAAAAAUGUUUUAAAAUUGCUCAAUCAGUUCUUAUUUAAGAAAUGAGGUGUUUGAUAUGAAUAUAUGUUGUGGCAAUUGUCUAAGAUAGCAGCUGGAUUGUUUUGAAGUCUCUCCUUAAGUAGGUCACUGAGUCAGAAAAUUCGGCCCUUCAAGCACAAUAGUUUUCAUCCAGUCAUAUUUUGAUAUGUCAUGAAACAUUUUGGGGCAUAAUAUCUAAGUUAAGUUAAAGAAGAGGGCCAUUUUCACAAAGAUAUUACCGUCAAUUAAGUUUUUUGUAGAUAAAGAUUUAACAAAUGUCAAUCUGUUUCAUAAACUUGACUUUGAAUUAUGACCUUUACUACAACGCUCCAUCUCAUUACGUCUACUAAGUUACUGGAAACUUCAUUAACGGGGCCUUCAGUUUUGGUAAUUUGACAAAAUAAAAAAAGUGUUUCAGAGUUACAAAUUUUCGUUGCAUUUAUGAUAUUUGUGAGGGAAUAGUAAUACUGAACAUUUACCAUGCUCUAAAAUAUCCAUUAUAUGCAUCUUUGUACGAUUUAAAAACCUUAAAUUUAUUAAGGGUUGCAAUGCGAAACGCUUGAAUAAUUUGGAGAGUUCUCUUGUUGUCGUUAUCUUUUGUGAUACUAUGAGGAUUGCUUAUAUAGAGUUUAAAAUACAUCUCUCAUUGUAUGAGCACGAAUGGCCGAGUGGUCUAAGCAAUAGACUUUUUUACUGCAAGGGUCAGUGGUUCGAGCACAGUUGAGGGUUACUUUUUCAUGCCCCCGGUAGGGUGGAAUAUAGCAGUGGAACUGUUUGUGCGUCCGUCCGAAAACUUUAACAUUGCCCAUUACUUUUGCAAUAAUGAAGAUAACAACUUGAUAUUUGGCAUGCAUGUGUAUCUCAUGAAGCUGCACAUUUUGAGUGGUGAAAGGUCAAGGUCAUCCUUCAAGUUCAAAAGUCAAAAAAUACAAUCCAAGGGAAGUAUUAAGCUUUAAACGGGAGAUAAUUUCUAAACCUGCCAAAUGAAAUAUUGAAGUUUUAUUUUAAAGCGGCGCAAUAGGGGGCAUUGUGUUUUUGACAAACACAACUCUUGUUCUGUCUUAAAUUUUAUUCUUGUUUUUUUUUUACCGGAGCUUUUUAGAUCCAAUGUUUACAUUUAUCAAUAUAAAACAUGUAACGAAAAUCUUCAAUACCGGUACAUGCCAAAAUCUGUGAAAAGGCCCCUUUAAUGCUGGACAAAGUAAAGCUUUGUAACAAAGUGCUGAAUUUCCAUAUUUUAGAUCUCAUCUCAGGCGAUUCGACAUUCUGGUGACUUUGUCCAAGUUGAAUGAUUGACUUAAAUUUUAUAUUACAUACAUGUAUCCAAUUCUCACUUAUUGGAUGAUUACCGGGGUAUCUCUAGUUUGCUUUGUACAUAAAGUGAACAUUUCUGUACAAAUACUAGACAAGUCUUUUCUGUAUUCAAACUGCUAUUAUAAAUAAAUGCAGAGCCUCA